GCGAGACGAGGAAACCGAGCGAGCGAGCGAUAGCGAAAUACGGAAGCCACGCUUUAAGUCCGUCAGUCUCUCGAGGUUUCUCAAGGAGGAAGCUCCGACAGCCGCUCUUCCUUCGCCGUCUUGAGGAGAUAAGGUUGCCAUCAUGGGGGCCGAUUUUACCUUCCAAUUUUCAAGAUUGGACGAGCUGUUGCUAAUUAAAUCUUUCGUCAUGUAUUUGGUUGACAUUGUCUUCACCAUCAACACCAUUUGGGGUGUAUAUAAGGAUGAUAAAAGUCUCAAGGAACUCUACUUAUCAUGCUUCCUUAUCCCGAACAUCCUUGCUGGGAUAAAAUCACUUCACUGGUACUGGCUUCAGUACUAUGGCGGGGACCUGACACGCGAAGAGAAGAGGAGAGAAGAAAAGAAAAGUACUUGGGUUUUUCGUCUCGUUUUCUUCUUCUUCAGCCCAAUCCCCAGGUUCGUCGACGUCCUCAGACUGGGCCUCCGAGAGCGACACGAGGUCCUCGGCGCGUGCUCGAGGGUCGAGGCCGACGCCGCCUACAAGCAGUACCUCGAGGCCGCCACGACCCUCUGCGUCCUCCGUUUCUUCGAGGUCUUCCUCAUGGACGCCCCGCUGCUCACCCUCAAGCUGCAGGACUUGGUCGAGGCUUACCAGGAGGGGGACGAACUCCGCUCUCUCAUCAUCGACUUCAUAUCCAUCUUGUACAAACUCUACAAAGUGUCCGAUGUGAUGAUGUCUUACACGACGAAGACGAAGAAGUGGUGGCACAUGGAGAACCCGCAGAAGUAUGAGAAUCUCUCCCACAUCGAGUCGGCGAGGAAAGGCACCAUCAACUUACCUGGAAAACUGGGUUUGAUGGCCCUCCACUACUCUCAGAUAGCUUGCAAGUGCCUCUGCUAUGCCCUGGUGACCUUAUUAUCCUAUAAAUGGCUGAUCUAUCCUCUGGUGGGGUUGAGGUGGGCUGCCAACUUCUGCAUCUACUUCUUCAGCAGGAGCUUCAGAAGGUUCGGAUCCCCGGGCGCAGAGAUCAGCCGAACCCUCACGGCGGUGAUCUUUGGUGGAAUCGAGCUCUUCACCCACUUCACGACCACGAAAGGAAAGCAGCUGGGCUACAUCCUCCUCUUCCACGCCCUGGACGGAGUCGAGGUCAUGACUACCUUUACCUUGACGACUUUCGACGUCUCUGAGCUGGUAAUAACACUCUCACAAGCAUACACUUUGGGAGACAUGACUUCAGUAACAGGAAUUUCUGUAGCUCCAACCAUUAGUGGUGCAGUCACAGAAUCGCCUCUGCCCACUGCACUGAUUUAUCUUCGUGACCCCAAGUACGUCCUCUUAGCCCUGUGGGUCCUGGCGAUGCUGACCCGGGCCUUCUACUACGUCAUCCUCCACCCGAGUCUGCCCACGCUAUCCACCUACUUCCCUUUUUGCUCGAGGAAGGAGAGGAUGGAGAGG